AUGCGUUUCGAUUUUCUCUUCCACCUGAUUGACAAAAUAGCAAUGGCUUUUAUCAGUAGGUUACUGGCCAAUCAUAGCGCGUACUCAAAUCAUGGUACACAGGUGGGGCCCUGAACAAGGAUUUCAGCGCUGUUUUGCAGACGAACUUAACCAGAGGAUUUAAUUCCGCUGUCUGUGGCGCAGGCUAUAGAUAUGGCGCUUAUUACAAGUUCUAGAAUGUACAAUUAAAUACGCGUAGUAGUUAGCAGUUAUGACAUUUCUUAUUGGGUUUUCUACACCAGCAUUAGCUAACUUGCUCAUAAAGCAGAUUUUACUUCAAUUCCAAUGGUACUCAGUAUGAUGUAGGUUGUAGACGUGAAAUCGACUAAAUUGACUGAAGAUACCAGUAAAUAUGUUCGCUUAUGACAAGUUUUAGGACAUGAGAUUAAGUACGUCUCAUAGUAAUUAGCAAUAUUAAACGGCUGUCAUUUGUAUGUAGAGUUUCUUAUUCUGGCAGUACUGAGGUAACUUACUCGUAAAGGGGAAUUUGUUCCCUGAUUCCUUUGUUGCAUAUUUUAUGAAGUAGGUUAUAGAUCAAUAUAAAAAAAUAAAAUAGCCGCGACUAAGCUGACUGAAGAUGGCAGUAGAUGUGUCGCUUGUGAAAAGCCAAUUUAGGAUAUAUCAUUGAAUCUGCGUAGUAGCUAAAUACGUCCAUUAGGCUUUUUUAAUUAACGUUUUCUAUCCAAUAGGUAACUUGCUGUAGAAAAUAUUACGGUGUAUGCCUUAAAUCAUAUAUUACCUGCUUAUGACUAGGUCAUACAAAUGAAAUGGAAUUUGAGUGUAGAGUUUCCGAUACUGGCAAUUGGUAACUUACUCAUAAAGGGGGAGGUCAAUUCUUUAAUUCCUAUGUUGCAUACUUAUGAAUCGAUGUAGGUUACAGUUCAAUAGCCGACUAAAUUGACUCGAAGGUAGCAGUAGAUAUGUCGCUUAUGAAAGGUCAAUUAUUUAGGAUAUACCAUUGAAUUAGUAGAUCCAUUAGACUUCUUUAAUUAAAGAUUUCUAUCCAGUCGGUGACUUAUUUGCAGAAUAGAAUAAUCCUUAAAUCAUAGAGUGAUUUUACUUGACCCGUGAAAUAGGUAGGAGAAUAGUAUGCGAUAUUAUGCACUAAUUCCAUUGUGUGCUUUUGUGUAUUAGUAGCUAUUUUGCACUAGUUAUUAUUCUCUGUUUUACGGGUCAAGUAAAAUCACUCUAUAUUACCUCAUUGUGUUUAUGAGUAGCUCAUACAAAUGAAAUAGACAUUGUUGAGUACACAAUAUUGAGUGAAACACAAGUAUUCAGUAUAACUUAUGAAACGUUUUAGGAUAUAUGUUUUAACCUGUAGUAAGCACUUGUCAUCACUUAGAGUUUGGUAUGCUCCUAUGCAAUAGGCUAUUUGCAAAAUCGAUUACACAUCAAUUCAGAUAUUACUUACUUAUAAAGUAAGUGAUCCACUUAUAAUAGACAAUAUUUAAUAAUUAAAGAAACGAGUAGAUGGGUCACUUAUAUAUGAUAUUACUAUUAGAGUUUCCUAGUAAACGGGUAAGUCGACUUAUAAACCCGGGGGUACUUGGGUUAAUUUUUGUUGGGUAUGCAUGUGCCGCUGGCCUCUUAGAGCCCCUACCCCAUUAUAGUCUAUUCUGUGGCCAAGCAUAGACCCCAUCUUAGUCACUUUUGGGCAAAUAUGUAAUUUUUGCUAUCCCAACUUAGUCACUUUCUAUUUUUAUGAAUUGACCCGUUUUUUAGAUUGAAUGAAAAACACGUUACUCUUCAUCUACAGUACAAACAUUCUGGUACGUUUGCCAACCGUAAACAUGAAGAACUGUCUUAUCCCAAAAAAAGACAGUAUUUUAAUAAAAAUGAGUGGAUAUCUCGCUUAUUGCACGUCCGCAUUCAAUAAAUAUAUACGCCUAUGGCGGCUUUUGAGGCAGAGGUAGAGGCGAUUUCUCUCUUGUUGAGACUGUUACAACGAGGAGUGUCUUGUCUCGUGACCGCAAUGCUUGCGGUCACGAGAGGCCAGUAAUUCUGACAGGAACGAAAUCAUAUACAGCUCCGCACAGCUGCUAAACACAUCGAACACGCAUUGUUUGCCGUAAUGCAUUUCUUGGAAAUUGAAGGGUGUGAGUAAGCUGACUCUCUUAUAUCUCAGCGCUUGGAGUUAAAUCAGGGCAUUCAGUUUGAGGCAAGAGAGGAUAAAGGGAACAGAGAAGGUACCCCCCAUACACACCCUAUUCCAUAGGUAAUUCGUCUCGAGUUAUUUUUAGAAUCGGGAUAAAGUUACCUCGCGCGCUGCGUGGAUGUUUCGUGGAGGUUUCGCAUGACUAAACGCCGUGCAAAACAUGUCGGGCGAAAGGCAAUGAAAGCGUAAAGAGAUCGAGAGCAUUUCUGAAUAUUGAAGCGAAAUGAGUCGGCGCUCACCUGGGCCGGGAAAAGGGAAUCGCCGUGAAACCCGUGAAAUCAGUUUAAAUCGAAGUUGUCGUAACCUCAGUGCUUUAAUAAAAUGAGAAAUUUCGCCGGUCUAUUGAAACCGGUCGUUUUUACAAUAAAGCAAGUAGGACGCCAAGUGUUAUUUUUGUUGAAUAAUAAAAGACUAAUAAAAAAUAAAUAUCAAACCAGAAAUUGCUCUCUUCAAACUGUAAAUUAUAAAUGAUCCUGAGAGAAUAUUCAGUGUGUUAAGGAUUUUCCUACUGUACUGUUAGCUCUAUACAAAAGAGGAAGGGCGAUUCUUUUUUGAUCUCCGUUUCGCUGACACAGCUUUAGCAGAAAUCUCUCUUUAGUCGUUUUCGUCGACAAAAAAAAACAGCAAUAUCGCUCUUUGCGUCUUCCGCCAUUUUUUUCUGCAUCAAUUCAUGAAAGACGCGUGGCUCUUAGCAUGGGUCAUCCACGCGGAACACAUUCGCGUUAUGUGAUUGGCUGUUGUCUAAUCGCCCUUGGGAUCUAUGGUCUUAAAAAUAACUCGAGGCGAAUUACCUAUGGCAUAGGGUGUGUAUGGGGGAUGCCUUCUCUAUCCCCUUCAUCCUCUCUUGGUUUGAGGUGGACCUAGAGCGAGGAGCAUAGAAGCUUCAAUCCAACUACAGUGCACAGUGCAGUUUAAACAGACAAAGGUAAAUUUUAAUCUUGUUUGUUCAAUUUACUCCCAGUUUUCUCUUUUCUUUUUUUAAUAUUGCUUUUUGGACAAGGUUAUUGAAAUUAUUUGUUCACUUCAUUUGCUGCAUUUCUUCCUCAAAUUUUUAAUGAUGGCAUGUUACAUGAUUGUAAAGACCGCUUUUUGUGUGCAAAUACUUGUGAUUUUACAUGAUAGGCCUCAGCAAUGUUAAUAAUUUGUUAAUAUAUAAUCCAAUGAAUAUUAGCCUGGCUAUUUGACGAAGGCAGUAGUGAGGGGGGAUGUAACGCCUCCUGUAAUUCAGGGGUUCUCGGAACAUGCUUUCGUUCCCAAAAAUUGAAAACCAAGUUCUCAGAAUUGUAAUUUCCAGCAUCCUGAGAACUAAAUAAUUAAAGUGAUAGUGUUAAGGACAGUUUUGAUUACAAUUUUUUCUAUGGCUAAAGUCUUGCCUUCGUUGUUCAGUUGUGUAGGAGCUGCUCGUAAGGUCUCUCCUUAUUAGUCGCAGGAAACAAUGACCUGUCAAUCAUCCUAUUGUUUUAGUAUUGUUUGGGGUCAGGGAAACGCCCCUCGUUGCUCAAUGAUGUUGUUUCUUUCCAUUAUAAAUAAACUGUCAAAAAGAACACUGGUAGAGCUGUAAGGGAAUUUAACAUUUUCUAUGUAGACAACUGAUGUAUUCUACCAACAGCGUUUAAUUUGCCUAAAAUAACGUUUGUUUGAAUGAUUCUCAUAUUUUUCCAAAGUCGGGCCGGUGGAACUGACUGCAGGGCCUUACCCUCUCUGUCCCGUUAUUCUCACUUGAUAAUACGUAUUUCUGCUUUCAGGGAAACUAACAAAAACUUAAAUUAUUGAAAUUUUUUAUACAUUUUAUUCCCCGCCUUUUAAUAAAACAACUUCUUAGCAUGCAUAAGGAAGAAGCUCGUUUUAAAGACAAAGGGAAAAGGAUUCGAAAUAACCACUUAGAGGGGAGGGGAUGGUCAUCGUCUUGCAGCGGAGUAAACUUGUAGUUUGUGGCGUCACUCAAGGUGUUCAGGACUGAAGGCCGCCAAUAUUUUGUGCUUCGAGGCUGGGAAUAAAGAGAAUGUUUGAGAAUGGUGUGUUUUAGGGGGUCAAAUUAAUCCAUGCCAAGACUGGCCUAGAUGUUCAACAAGCAACUCCCCCUUUUCACAUUGCAGUCCACUGUAAGUCCCCUCUUUCCUAGUUGGGUGAGUUGGACACAUCGCUUUCUUGAACUGAUUUCUUUAUCUUGCUAAUGGAUGCGUUUUACUUUUAAUUUUCAAAUAAAAGAGAAACGUUUUUCUUGAGAUUUAUGUUUUCAUUCCGGUGUGCAUGAAUUUUUUCUAAGGUUUUGGCCUGUAUAAAAUGUUGUUUUUGUUUUCAUCCUUCUCCAUCAUUUGUUCUAAUUGUCCGUUCCUAUCACAGCAAGCAUCAGACGGAGGACUUAACCUACCAUUAGCCAUUAUUUCGCCUGGGUUAGGGGAAACGAUCGAACUACAAAAGAGAAUAUCUUCAAAACGUGGACCUGGUCCGACAGGUUGAAACGGGCGGUGGCGACAUUACGCUUUUAAAAAAUGAAAAGAGAAAGCCGUAGCUGGGAAAAUUCCCUGUCACCGAUUUUUAGGUGGGCUGAAGCUUUUUUCAAGUGUUGCCUCCGUGUUCAGUCACACGGAGAAUUUCUCUGUAGUAAGAUUUCUUUGAACACGUUUCUACCACCUCUGCUUUAAACGUUUAAUACUAAAAAAGCUCCAAAUGUUUGAACUCGGAAGAGUUGUUGCCCGUAUUUGUCGGCAUAAUUUUACUCGAGCACAGAGCAUCGUUUGCAAACACGGAGCAUUUUUGAGGAAAUGAAUAACGUCACCUUGGAUGUUCAUUUUGUUGAUCUAUUUUGAGUUUCCUUUCCACCAUCCUCGGAGACCCAGGGGCAGAUAGUGGGGGCGAGGGAAAGUCUAAACGGGCGGAAAAAUAUGGCACGAAGAAAAGUAAAGAACGGCGAGAAGAGCCCCUGGGGACAAUGUCUUACCACACCAGUUCUAAACGGUCGCCGCCGUUCUGGCUUCUGAUUGGUGCCCGAAAACGUUUGUGUUUUUCUGCCCAAUCAGAAGCCAGAAAGGCGGAGACCGUUUAGAACUGGUGUGGUAAGAUAUUGUCCCCUGGGGCUCUUCUCGCCGUUCUUUACUUUUCUUCUUGCCAUAUUUUUCCGCCCGUUUAGACUUUCCCUCGCCCCCACUAUCUGCCCCUGGGUCUCCGAGGAUUUUUUUUAAUGCCUUUCCACCAAACGGUAAAUAGAGCACAAGUCCAGCCCGUAAGUCCUUGCGGCACCUGCGAUUUUCAGUAGGAUAAGAGCCUGGGGACGAGGUGCACUUCCAAUAAACAAAAUGGCCGCUUGUUUUAUAUUAUGGUACCCAUUAUACACACAGGGUCCAGAGGAGUUUCGUGUGAAUAAAUGAAUUACUUACCUUGAAAAAUGUCUAUACCUGUCGCUUAUUUUAGCACGAUUAAUUAGCCCAAUGGGAUCUUUAUGAAUCUACUGUAAACGAUUUCUUCGCUUCUUAUCUGACCCAGAUCGACUUUUGAAAAUCAAUAACCGCAAGCCAUAUCCUCGCUGGCGCACGGCACGUCGCCCGAAGGGUGACCGAAGGCCGUCGCCCGGAGGGCGACCAAGGCACGAAGUGCCGAGUAAAAGAAAGGACAAGGGAGGAAACUUGUACCACGUGACUUCGUUCUAUGUGAGCCGCAGCACUCGGUGACGGAAGUCGGAAUGAGACCGGAAACGCAAAAGCAACAGACCGCUGCUAAGUCGAGAAUCAAAACAUCAGCUGCGGAGAGAGUUUUAAGAGCGACUUUCUGUAAAUACCACGGAUAGGUGUGCAAGAUGGAAAAAUCGAAAUCCCCCAAACUUUAUCACAACAAAGCCCUUUGGAAACUAUUUUAGAAAAUACAAGACUCAGUUCGUUUGACUUAAUAUUUUCCAAAAUAAUAUUUUUUUUAAUUUUCACCUUCGAGAGGCCUUGAAACCACCGAAAAAUGUGCUUGAUACCCUCGCUUCGUGAAUGGAAACGGACACUAAUACCAUAACUUUUCUUAUAUUUAACAAUUUUAUGAUCCUUCCUUUCUACCUAAACGUUGUUACAAUUUCAAAAGAUUUCAAUCUGAUUUUUUAAUAUUUUUUCAAAAUUACCCUCUAAAUCAGCAUUAUCGCCACCAUCAAUUUUGCCAUUUUUCAACAGCGAAAAUCCCUUCUUGGUACAUGGCUUUCAUUCGAAAAAUGGUAUUCCAGAGAAAGAGCAAUGCUUCCCCUAUCAAUCUGUGAAAUAAAAUUCUGGGGCAAUUGAAACUGCGAGUUUUUACAACUGAAAACAUUUACGGUACUCGCGUGAUUUACGACCUCUGAACUUGCAGUUGUGUUGAUGAAUACAAGCGAGAACUUAGACAGCACUUGAAACUCUGGCGCAAAUUCGACCCUUUUCCGCCAGUUUAAACACGAAAAACGAUUUUCGAUUUCACAGUGGUAAAUUUUCAAAAGGAAAAGCAAUUUUAUUCUGCGAAAGUGUGCUAUGAACUUCUUGACUACAACAUUUCCCUUACGUGCGUAUUUGUUUACUUUUGCCGUUCGGUACAUAUAUGUACAAAACGGCUAAUAGUGUCGGUAGCUAUUCUUUCAAAUGCUCUCAUUUCUCAUGAACCAAAUCGUUAUAGCUAUAAAAAAGGAAAACAUUUUAACCUACCUCACAUUAUUUGACAACAGACCCGAAUCCUUCCUUUACUGCCUUUAGCGAGACGAGAUUGCGUGACAAACAACUUUGAGACCCAGGUUAUACCGCGGGGACAGAUGCCAUUCCGAAAAAGAACCUCACGCGGCACCUUCUGUAGCUAUAAAAGCGAAACAAGUAAAUAAUCAAAGUCCUUAGUUUCGUUGACUUAACAUUAAAAACGUAACAUUAAAAAAUAUUUUUUCGUCAAGAGACUAUAUAGGGUAGGCCCUUAUACAGUGGAACCGCGACAAAAGAACUUACGAAUGAUUUUCUUUACCUCCGCAAUAAUAGUAAAAUAUACCGUAAACCUAUAUCAAAGCCCCUUGUCAAAUGAGCCCCUCCCUCUAAUAAGCCCCCCUUUUCAGGGGAAGAAAGUUAAUAAGCCCCUCCCCCCCCCUCUAUCAAGCACCCACUUCCCACCUCUAAUUAUUCUUCACUAAUAAAUGAAAGAUGGAAGACUGUAUUAAUCAAUCACGACCGUAAAACUUCGUGUGGACUGAUCCGGGAUGGUUUAUUUACCAGCUGGAAGUUCGGAUUUGAUUAUGAUCCUCGGCUGCAUGACCUAAAACUUCCUGUACUUGAGCUUUUCCACUUUGUAUUCUAGUUCUUUAUGGAGAAGCGAUACCAUCGUAGUUUCUAAAUUAAAUAUAUUAAGCCCUCCGUCUCCAUUAAGCCCCUCCCCCUCAAAUGGGCUUGAAAUAAAUAAGCCCCCGGGGGCUUAAUAGAGGAUUUACGGUAUGAAAAAAAACCUCGAUAUAACGAAACCUCGUUAUAGCGGGCAAAUUUCAGGGGCACUCAACGACUGUUUUCUGUAAAAUAUAUGUUCGGAGAAGUAGAUUUGCCUAGAAUUUUCUAUAGCUUGAGGACGCCUAAAAAUUUCUAGAUGACCAUUCCGUUCCUGUUCAAUUUUCGAGGGUUAUCUUAUAAAUUCCCUACGCUUUUCUGAAGUUUAAUUUUUCCCAUUUUACAUCCCAGGUUAGGCUAAUUUUUCGUAGAAAAGAGGAAACCUAAAAUGUUCGGAUUCAAACAUGUGAUUGAGAGAGGAAUCAGAAAAAUUCUCACUUUCGUGAUACGUUAAAUUUCAUCUAAAAUGUUUGGGAAAAUAAUACUGAAGCCCUUGUAAUUUCGAAAAUACUCAAUGCAAGUUCCCCUAGGAUGACCGAACGGGAACAAAUUUUACAAGCCGCUUAGAAUGCAUUUCUAGAGAUCUAAAAGUGCUCUUGGUACGCCACUGAAAAGUGUUUUCAAUGAAUUUAGAAGGAAACCGCCGUUGGGUGGCUCAGAAAUUUUGUUAGUCCCUUGGCCCUUCGUUAAAUCGAGGUUCCACUGUAGCCUCUUGUUUUCAUCACGCUUGUUUUGAAAUAUGAUUAUGAAUUCGCUACUUGUAUUCUUAGAAAAAUGACAUUGAGGGGGGAAAAGCGCUAAGUCGUAGUCUGAAAUGUCAUCCGUCCUUCCCUCCAUCCCUAAGGGGCCGCAGCAGGUUUCGGGGUGGGGCGAAGACACGCAUAACAUUUCAGACUAGACAUGGCGGGUCUAGAAAACCUGUAUAACUUUAGAGCACCUCUUGUGUUUAAAUUUUCUGUAGUUCUGGCAAACUCGAACAAGUUUUGCAUUUCUGAGCAACCUUUUGCCAAAAUGUAGGUUAUGGCACAUGUAAAGCCAGAAAAAGUGACCAGUUUGAUAGAAAAUGUCAAGUACGACUGAACCGCGCCCGUAUAAGCGCCCCUGAUGACUCCGGCGGGAGGGGGAGGCUGGGUGGGAAGGGGAAACUCUGAAAUUGAGUAAAGGGGGCCUAGCUCUAAGCAUACCGCCUGCUUUUCAGUUGUACGUUUCCCUUGGCAAUAAAUUUGGCCCACAGUUUCGAGCAACUCUUUAAAGGAGAUUGCAAGCCCUUAUAUUUGGGCCCGUCAGGAACGCUCAGCGAUGAAACCAAAGAUCGCGCCUUCAAAAAACUUAUUUUAACUUACUGAAAGCUGUUUUUUCUUGACCGAUUUACCUUAUCGUUAGGAAAAAAGAAAAGGAAUCUCAUAAUUAGCGUAUGUAUAAAACCAUCAAGAAAUCUCGAAAUUCUGGAUUUUUUAAGAGAACAAAUACUUUCGAAAAAUUUAGGAGAGAGUCCGUGGACUGGAAAUAACUCGCUAUCAAUUAUCCGAAGAUAUCCGAAUAUCUCACUUUUCAACCCCACGUUAAUACGCUUCAUUUUUGAGGGGAGCCAACAUUAGCAGCGCCACUGUUAUUUCUUUUACGCCUGGGUAUCUCACGUUAUGCUUACGCGUAUCCGCAAGUGUGUCUUACAUCCUACGCUUACGUAAAGGUUAUAUACCUGGAACGAUGGGGUAUGUGAUAUAUUCACCUGGUACCGCCCCGAGGGCUACGUCUGUAAGACUGUUCCUUUUCAGAUUUUCAAUAGUAAUGCAAAAAAUAAUAGCUUUCAGUUAGUGCGAACGGCCUUUCCUUCUUUUUUUAUCUUUUAGUUUCCUUUCUUCCUUUUUUUUCUCUCAAAAAAAGCGGUUUUUUUUCAAGGUGCGAGGGGCGAGAUCACUGGUUUAACCGCUCCAGCGUUUCAGACGGACGCAACAAUACGGCUUGCAAUCUUCUUUAAAGAUUUGCUCAGAAAUAUAAGCGAAAUUCAUCUCCAAGGCAGACUCACAGCUAAAGCGCAGACGGUAUGCUUAGAGCAAGGCCUCCUUUUCUCCAUUUCAAAAUCCCCCCUCCCCCCUGCCAGAGUCAUUAGGGGCGCUUAUACGGGCGCGGUUCAGUCGUACUUGACUUUUUUUUUUUCUGGCUUGACAUAAGCCUAUAUUUUUCCCAAACGUUGCUCAGAAAUGCAAAACUUGCUCGAGGUUGCCAGAAGUACAGAAAGCUUUGCUUUUAGCACCAGAGGUGCUCUAAAAUUACGCAGGUUUUCUAGCCCCGACCUGUCCAGUCUGCGUUUCUUCGCCCCACCCCGAAACGGGCUGCCGCCUCUUAGGGGAGGGACGAAUGACAUUUCAGACUACGAAUCAGCGCUUUUUUCCCCUCAAUGUCAUUUUUCUAAGGAUACAAGUAAGGAAUUCAUAUGCGUAUUUCAAAAUGUGUAAGCAGGCGUUUAUGGAAAGUAAGGGACUAUAAGGGCCCACCACUUCAUAGUCUCUUGUGGAAAAUAUUUUUUUUAGUCUUACGUUUUCAUAAUCGCUCUAGCGGAUAAGUCAGUGAAACUGAGGAUUUUGAUUAUUUACAUGUUUUGCUUUUAUAGUUACAGAAGGCGCCGCGUGAGCGUCUUUUUCGGAAUGGUAUCUGUCUUUGCGGUAUAACCUGGGUCUGAAAGUUCUUUGUCACGCAAUCUCGUUUCGCUGAAGGCAGUAAAGGAUUCGGGUCGUUGUCAAAUAAUGCGAGGUAGGUCAAAACGUUUUCCUUUUUUAUAGCUAUAACGGUUUGGUUCAUGAGAAAUGAGAACAUUUUAACGAAUAGCUACCGACACUAAAGCGGUUUGUACAUAUGUGAUAACUGUUACAAAUACGGCAAAAGUAAACAAAUACGCGCGUAGGGGAAGUGUUGUAGUCAAGAAGUUCAUAGCACACUUUCGUACAAUAAAAUUGCUUUUCCUUUUGAAAAUUUACCACUGUGAAAUCUAAAAUCGUUUUUGGUGUUUAAACUGGCGGAAAAGGGGCGAAUUUGCGCCAGAGUUGCAAGUGCUGUCGAAGUUCUCCCUUGUGUUCAUCAAUACACCUACAAGUUCAGAGGUCGUAAAUCACGCUAGUACUGUAAAUGUUUUCAGUUGUAAAAACUCGCAGUUUCAAUUGCCCCAGAAUUUUAUUUCACAGAUUGAUAGGGGAAAUAUUGCUCUUUCUCUGGAAUACCAUUUUUCGAAUGAAAGCCAUGUACCAGGAAGGGAUUUUCGCCGUUGAAAAAUGGCAAAAUUGAUGGUGGCGAUAAUGCUGAUUUAGAGGGUAAUUUUGAAAAAAUAUUAAAAAAUCAGAUUGAAAUCUUUUGAAAUUGUAACAACGUUUAGGUAGAAAGGAAGGAUCAUAAGAUUGUCUAAUAUAAGAGAAGUCAUGGUAUUAGUUUCCGUUUCCAUUUACGAAGCGAGGGUAUCAAGCACAUUUUUCGUUGGUUUGAAGGCCUCUCGAAGGUGAAAAUUAAAAAAAAUUAUUAUUUUGGAAAAUAUUAAGUCAAACGAACUGAGUCUUGUAUUUUCUAAAAUAGUUUCCAAAGGGCUUUGUUGAGACAAAGUUUGGGGGAUUUCGAUUUUUCCAUCUUGCACACCUAUCCGUGGUAUUUACAGAAAGUCGCUCUUAAAGAUCUCAGAGAUCUAUUCGAAAACAACAGAGUUUUAAUUGAAUUGAAGAUCUUUCAAGACUGGACAUUUGUUGUACGUUUCAACAGUCUUCGAUGUCUUAAGCAGGUUUUGCUUGUACGAAGGUCGCGAAGGCUUCCCAGUAGUCGCAAAACGCACAGCCAAAGACGCAAGAGGUAAUAUAGCUGGACCACCGAAGAAUGGCACAGUCGUGAUGAUAUUACAGUUGCCUCGUACGCCCGAUCUACUCAGUGUCACUUUUUAUUGCAAGAGUACACACGACCCGUAAAUCACUAUCCGUAAUAAUUUAACAUUCUCCAAACAAAACUAACAAGCUGGGCCCAGCGUGAUACAGCAUUGAAGACAAACAUUACAUUCACGGACUAAAGAAAAUCGCUUAGUUAUUUAGAUCCAGAAGGCACUUUGGAGAAAACUGGAACCCUUGUUCAGCCGUAAUAAAAAGCUUUACGCUUUAAAAGAGGUCAAAGAAAAUGCGCUUGCAUCAUGGGGCAAAUCCUGCCGACCAGAAACAAUAACCACAGUAAAUCGAUAUGUGUCAUGACCUCUCAGUGUGAAACAUGUGGCUAAAAUCCCCGCUAAAAUCACAUUUGCUGUAGAACCUUCCAUAGCAUAAUCUACCCAGCAGAGGAAAAAACCUUUAUUGGAAGCAGCAGCAUUUUGGCAUGAGGCAAAAGUCGUGUAGGCUUCCCUUUUAUUGCUCCGAUCUUGAACACAUUUACUUUGCUACGUCAUUUCUGUCACCAUCUGUUGCGGUGCACACCGAACGAAAGCGCUCUCUAGAAGCCGUAAAUUUCGGUCGCCGAAAACGAAUUUGAACGCUUUCUUAUGCCGUUUUCCUGCAGUAGUUCGCAAAUACAUGAGAACUCUAGAUCAGGUUAGUAAAAUCAGGUGAUUUCAUUCAAUUCCAUUUGAGUUUCAGGGAUUCGAAAAUCGGCCCCAAAUUUAUUUUCCUCCCUUUCCGUAUUUUAUACUGUAAGCCGAUCAUGCGAGCCCUCAGUCUCUUGGUUUGCGGUCUAUAGAAUGCGUAACGAAACCGUAACGCGAUCAAAAUAACCCAUUUUUUCAGAGGUUUUCGACGGGUUUUGAUGUUCUAACGACAAACACAUCUCCUCUGGACCCUGUGGCUCAGUCGGUAGUGCGCUUGACUGCAGAGCGGAAGGUCGUGGGUUUAAUUCCCGGGAUGGGACCAAUACUCCGGGUCUUAAAAUAACUGAGAAUAGGGUCCCGAAAGUACUUUCGUGCUAAAUACCUUGACACUCAAAUACAGUGCAUUUCUUUUUUUAACAAUAUUGACUUCGUCAAAUUACGUUUUAUUGUUGUUAGGUUGAUGUCUACAGCUUUGGUGCUUUUCUUUGCGAAAUGUGCUUCCGACAACUUCCAGAUCCUCGAAGGCGUAACGAACAAGUGGUGCUUGUAACGAACGGUGUGUUUCGUGGCCUGGUGCGGCAAUGCAUGCAAAGAGAGCUUGGGGCGAGUCCAACCAUGCAGGAGAUAAUCGAUAAACUGAAGGAAUUCGAUCCUAUUUCUUAA